AUGCAUCUCAACAACCCCCUAAGCCUGCUCGCCGCCGCCGCAGCAGCCGCCCUCAUCCCACUAGCAUCAGCGCAAUGCAACGGCAAAACCGCCUACUGCGACCGCUCCUGGUCCAAUAUUACCACCGUCGGCGCCCACGACAGCCCCUUCGUCGGCAGCGGGCUCAGCGACAACCAGGACAUCAACAUCACCGCACAACUCGAGAUGGGCAUCCGUUUUCUGCAGGGUCAGACGCACUACUUCCUCGACGAGCUGAUGAUGUGUCAUACCAGCUGUCUACUCGAGGACGCGGGAACUCUUACGAAUUUCCUGUCUGAAAUCAAGACGUGGCUAGACUCGAAUCCGCAGGAGGUUGUGACGGUGUUGGUUACAAAUGGCGAUAGUGUGGGAAUUGGCAAUUUCAGUGCCGCGUUUGAGGCCAGUGGUAUUCAGGAGUAUGCGUAUGUGCCGAGCACGAGUCCUGAUGUGCUGCCGAUUGGGGAUUGGCCGACGUUGCAGGAGUUGAUUGAUCAGGGAAAGAGGGUUGUUGCUUUCUUGGACUACGGCGCAGAUAUGUCAUCAGUCCCCUAUAUCCUCGACGAGUUCGCCUACUACUUUGAGACACCCUACGACGUGACAGAUUCCACCUUCUCGGACUGCAGUAUCAAUCGCCCUUCCGGCGCAAGUGCCGAUGGUCGCAUGUAUAUCGUCAAUCACUUCCUUGAUGAGGAUAUUCUGGGCAUCGAUAUCCCCGAUCGCGAUGCUGCGGCUGCUACGAAUGCGGUCUCUGGCACGGGUAGUAUUGGGGCCCAGGCGGCGCUUUGUGAGGGUCUGUAUGGGCGCGCGCCAAAUGGGAUUUUGUUGGAUUGGACUGAUUUGGGUGAUCCAAUUGGUGCCCAGAAUGCGAUCAAUGGAGUCUGA